AUGAUCCCGGACACUACAUCCUCAUAUACGAUUGGACUGAUGCGUCUCCAGUUCUGGAGAGACGCCGUCGCAAAGACUCUAUCCGGGUCUCCACCCAAGGAACCCAUCGCGAUUCUCCUGGCGUCUGCGAUCUCGGACCUCGACGCGCGCACGCAGGGCCAGGCACGCAUCAGUAAAGGCUGGUUGAAUAGGAUGAUAAAUGCGCGGGAGCAGACCUUGACGAAUGAUCCGUACCCGAAUAUCGCGGCGCUGGAGUCCUACGCCGAGAAUACGUACUCAACUCUGAUGUAUCUGACGCUAUCAGCCAUCCCCAUGGCCUCUGUCACAGCGGAUCAUGUUGUGUCCCAUAUCGGGAAAGCAGCGGGGAUUACGGCCGUGCUACGGGGCCUGCCACUCGUGGCGUUCCCUUCCCCGCAGAGUCAGCAUUCGAACCAGAACCAGGGGGGAACGAGCGUGAUGGGUGGCGGAGCCAAGCAAGGUGCUGUGAUGCUUCCGCUGGAUGUCAUGGCGCAGGCGAGGGUGAAGGAAGAAGAGGUUUUUAGACAAGGUGCUGAGGCUCCGGGGCUCCGGGAUGCGGUUUUCACGGUGGCCACCCGUGCGAACGAUCAUCUUAUUACUGUGCAGCAGAUGCUGAGCAAUCUGCGGGCGGGCCGGGAUGUCGGCCAUGAAUUCGAACAUGAGGGCGAGGAAGGCCAUCAGUAUGGUUCUGAAUCUGGAACUGAUCAUUCCAGGAACCAGCGCGACGAGACGCCAUUGGACGAGGUGAAUCGCGCAUUUGGUGUUUUCAUGCCUGCUGUGGCUACGCGACUGUGGCUGAAUAGGCUGGAAAGUGUUGAUUUUGAUAUUUUCAGACCGGAGCUCCUUGGGUCGGAGUGGAAGCUGCCAUGGAAGGCCUACAUGGCGUUCACACGGAAAAAAUUGUGA